GUCAUUCUUUUUGAAAUGGAAGGCUUCAAUUAAACACAACAGGUCUAACUUCUACGCCGGAUGUUCAACAAACGCAACAAUAACAUCACGCUUCAUAUCUUUAAAUGUGAAAGAAAUUGUUGGACAUUGUGGAGCCCUCGUGAUUCUAAGCCCGGUUGUUCGCGGUGCGAAUGUAAAACUUGGGUAUUUUCCGUCUGACUAUUCUAUACGGCAUCAAACAAACACUAAACGAACAUGGAAGACAAAUAUCCAUGACAUAGAGCUACGAGAAGGUUCUUACGAAGAGGAAAUAGUUUCUGAAUAUUUGUACGUAUUGACUAUAUUUAACUUUGAAGACAGAGAUGAAGGAACGUAUGUUUUAUAUUGUAAUUCAGGUGGCCACACGGAGUCUGUGCAGCUUUAUAUUCCAGUGCCACCAAGUUACCCGAUCAUCGGUCCAAAAUACGCUGACUUUAAUACAACAGAAUGUAUUUAUGUUUAUAAAGAUUCCGAUAUAUAUUGCCAGACUGAAAAUGGAACAGAACCUAUACAAAUCAAACUUUUUAUUGGACAACAUUCAUUUGUUCUUGGUGAAAAUAAAGGGAACAAAGGGCGGUACCUUCUCAGUAACUUUCAUCAUCUAAUGGAUGGACUGUCGAAACGGAAUGUGAUAUGUCAGGUUUCUAAUGCAGCCAUGGAAACACCUUACGAAGUUCAUGGCAUUCUAUGUAACGUAGCGAAAGGUAGCCCACCCGCUCUUACUGUUUCUGAAUUUCUUGACGGGGAAAGCUCGACAAUAACCUGUACAGUGCACAAUGCUAUCCCAGCUCCGGUAAUAGAUAUACGUGUUGGCAAUGUUUUGCUAUCGGAUGCUCUACAAACUGAUUUAUUUAAUGGAUCUUCUCAUACAUUUACAAGUACAGCUAAAGUGACUAAGACUAACAAACUGUGGACUGGAAAAGAAAAUUGUUGCACCAGGAAAAUCAUUGACGACUUUGGAAUAGCAGAUCAUUCUAUAUGCAAAAACAUUAGUAUCAAAUGCGAUCCGACUCUGUAUUUGAACACGACAUCACCUGUUAAUUUACCUUCAGAUACAACAGCGGUCGUAAAAUGUAGUCAAUCCCAUAAAAUGGACAUUCAGACAUUCCAAUUUCCAGUUUACACUGUACUUAUUGCAUCAGCCGUUUUCUGUGGACUCUGCAUCUUGUUUGUAAUCGGAAGAUGGAUAUGUCUUAAACGACGAAAGGACAAUGCAGUCAACACAAUAGAAAAUGUUGAAAAUCACAGCGACACGGCGUCAGACAAUGGUGUGCUACACAUGGAAACGGAAGGAGUCCAGUACGCAGUCGUGCAGAGGCAGGUGUCGACACUGAGGAUUGAAACGCAGGCGAGCAACCACGUGAUGACAACGGCCUAGUGUACGCACAGUUGGACAUCACAUUCCUACAGGAAGCUAACGCCAGAGUUCCGGCAAGGAGAACGAAUACGCCGACGGAGUAUGCUGACAUUUAGUUCCCGUCAACACAGAAACCUGCUUUGGAAGAUCCUGUGUCCCUCAAUGCAUCAGCGUUGUGCUAGAUCAAAGACCAAAAAUUAAAACACAAACAAACCGCCCCAUUGUAUUGUGUCUAUAACGUAUUCCUAAUGAUUGUGUUUGAUAUUUUUACUUUUUGUGUGUUCUAUAUUGAAGAACAUAUUAGUUAAACAACAUAAUCAAAACCACUAUUAGGACAAUUAAAAUGAAGUAUUCCCUGAAUGUUAUAGAUGACUGUUGAAAAGCUUUCACUGUAUUAUAUAUUUAUAAUACUAAGUCAUUUGAAUAGCCUACACGUUUGACGCUGAUGCUGUGCUUAUUUUCUUAUUUAUUUUAUUAUUGUAAGUAAACACAGUGUGCUUUAGGCACCCGGUUUGUCACUAUAAAUGUAAAUUAUGUACGUUAAAGUAAGCGGCAUGGCGGCCUAGCUGAUUACAUUUUUUGAAAUACUACAGCAGUAGCAUUUGUCUUAUUUAUUAAGGAGGUUUUACCAUAUUGAUCUGGAUAAAAAGGUAGUUCGAUAGGCCAAACUGAACGCAACAUAAAGAAAUGCAAUGAUCUAAUAGACGUGUAAAUGGUUUUAAAAGAGGCACUUAGAAAAAAAUACAUUUUUAAUGUGUUUACAAGCAUACUAUCAUGUUCAUGACGGGGAAGGUUCAAGAAGGUUCUCUUUUGGCCUCGAAAAUACUAAAACAGAUAUUGUGUUUAAAAAACGUUUUGUUACUUGUUUUUCGAUAGCAGCCUCUUCCACCAGCGAUCAUAUUUGCCCUUAUUAGCGUUUCGCAUAUAUAUAACGUGUGUGAACUAAAUAGUCAUAAUAGUAAGAAAUGUUGACCAUUUUAUUUUUACCCCUAAUUGGAAAUUAAAUGGCAUACACUGCACUUUUUUAAUAAGCAUUGUAUAUAUUUGCUUUGAAUAAGGCACAUGUUUAAUCAUUACAGAUUUUUCAAGCAGCAAUGUUUAUUUGUUACCUCAGUUGCAAGUCUGAGUAGCAGAAACGUUGAGCACAUUACAUUAUUGUAGAUAACUUUCAUAUAUUUGUAUAACAUUAAAAUAUGAACCUUUCUUAUGAAAUAUUUAAAGUACUAAUUGGUAGUGUACCCACAUACACGUAUAAUAGAGAAAUAUAAAGAAAUCCACUCUAUCAAAACACGCUACUGUCUCACGAUACACGAAAGCAUUCCUAGGCGAAGAUCCUAGUUGACAUAUCUUACAAAACUACUUCGCGUUUUGAGUUCUAAGCCAUUUAAUGAUCGUAUCUUAUAUUAUAGAGGCAAAUCAGGUGUCUAUAUAGUGAGCAUUACUGUCUAAAAGAAAUUGGAUGUAAUUGCUCUUUUGUUAUAAUCUGUUUGUAAUCAUAUUAAUUUGCCUGUGCGUAUGU